UUCCGUUCCCGAAUUCGUAGCUCACGCAGCCGCACAUCAACAUGAGUCGAUCCGUUUGGCUCUACGAUCUGCCUUGUCAUCGUGCUUGAUCGCUUAUAAAACUUGGUAGUCGAUAGCCUCACUGGUUCUCCCCUAUUGCGCUCAUCAAGGAAGUUAAUCAGCAGGUUUGCCGGAUCGAGCGUUUGUUUUUUGCACCUUCACUGUCGGUCCAAUCGACGUUGCAAAAGGUCAUUCUCAGGCAAUCUGAUCUUACCAUUAGACUUCUCUGGUUUGUCCGGUAGAAUUGAUCAGGAAAUGAAGCGAAGCUUGUAUGUCCGGCUCUUUCUAGCUGCCUGUCAAGCUGCAUUGCUCCCGGCUUUUGCAAUCGCUAGCAUAAACUCGACAACUCUGACAGGCUUGACAUAUCCGAAGGGAACAGGUCAAAUCCGAUUCCACUUUGACACGGACAUCAUCGACAAUGCCUGUGAGACGGUGAUUCUGCUGGGCGUCGGAACGGCAAUGCGCGUUUCAGAUUACGACAAGCUUGGAGCAGAAGCCGUUCGUGAGACCUCCACUGUUUUCAUUAUGACCGAUCAUGCUCCUAACAACUUGGUCAAACAAAGCAAACCGGAACAGUACGCCGGUCUAGCUGAUCUGAUUGCCCAGCAGCUGAGUACCUGGAUCACAGUGUGUCGGAAGCCACCGAAAAACGGCUAUAUCGUGGGCGGACAUUCUGCGAGUGGCCAGUCAGCCAUCCAAGGCCUGGCCUUGAUUCAGAACUUCAAACCAGCAGGAUACUUGGGGUUGGAUCCAUUCGCUGUUCCUCAAACGAAUUUGGAGGCUUACCAGAACUUGCCUGCGACCAUGAACUGGGGUUUCCAGACAACCACCUGUGCCGUGACUGCUGCACAGGCGGGAAAGCUCGCCUACGAAGUAAGCAACGUAAACUCUCGUGUCUUUUUCCGAAUUAGAAAUGGCGGCGACUUCUGGCCCUUUACUUCUUCCGUGACGCACUGUGCGUUCACUGAUUCGGGUUGUCCUGGCUGCGGCAUGCUAUCCAGAGAAACAAACACACGUCCCGUGCGGAAUACGGUAGGCCAAGCUACACAAGCAUUUGUGAAGGCCGUUGCCAAAGGACGUGUGUUGCAAAGUGACUUUCUUGGCAUCUCCACCGAACUGGACUUUGAUCUUUUUGUCAAUCAACAGCCCGUGGAUUCGGAUGAAGUUUUGCUGAGAAGAGACCCCAUGAUCCCUGCUCUAGUGUAAAGCGAUACGAAAAAUCUUACUUACGAAAAGCACAGAACAAAGGAUAAUAUACCUUAAUUGAAAUUUAUUUGGCU